AGGAUUCACACUAUUCACAGGUUCAAGAAGAUAGAGCCAAAGUAAGGGCCGAAUUGAAAAAAGUGUAUUUUUGUAUCUAUCGUUACACGAUACUGUGUAAAAGAAAGAAUGUCAAGUAGUUCUGAUGAGGAAUCGAAUACCGGAGAUACUGCCUGGUUGUUAUACAAGUAUUGCGAAGAAUGGCGUGACGUGAUUCCCAUACCACUGGAUGAUGGCCCUAAUCCUAUUGUUGCAAUUAAUUAUUCCGAGGCAUUCAGGGACUGCUAUGACUAUUUCCGAGCAAUUUUAAAGUCUGGUGAAAAGUCAGAGCGUGCAUUAUCUUUAACGGCAGCUUGUAUCUGGUGUAAUCCAGCAAAUUAUACAGUAUGGCAAUACAGAAGAGAGAUACUUAAAGUUCUUGGAAAAGAUCUACGAAUCGAGUUACAGUAUGUUAAUAGAAUGAUAAAUCGUUGUUCUAAAAAUUUUCAAAUCUGGUACCAUAGAAAAGUUAUUGUCGAAUGGCUCCAAGAUGCUAGUGAUGAAUUAGAAUUUACAAGAAAUUGUCUAAAACUGGAUGCUAAGAAUUAUCAUGUUUGGCAAUAUCGUCAGUGGUGUAUACAAACAUUUGAUCUAUAUAGUGAAGAACUAGACUAUGUGGAACAUUUGCUGGAAAUUGAUGUUCGCAAUAAUUCUGCCUGGAAUCAACGGUAUUUUGUAUUAAGUAACACAACAAAAUUUGAACAAAGUGUAAUAGACAGAGAAGUUGAUUUUGCCUUGGAUAAAAUAAUGUUAGUGAAGAGAAAUGAAAGUGCAUGGAAUUACUUAAGAGGUAUUUUGAUGCAAGAUAGCAGUGGCCUGGGUAACAACAGAAAAGUAAGAAAGUUGUGCGAGGAAUUAUAUUUUGAUGGAUGUCGUGUUAAUCAUUUAUUGGCCUGUAUUAUAGACAUUUGUCUAGAAAGACCAAUAUCGGAUGUAUCAGAUCAAUCAAUAUUCCAUAUUAAUAAUGCUCUCAAGCUAUGUAAAGACUUAUCUGAAAAACACGACGUAAUAAGAAGGAGAUACUGGGAUUUUGUCGGUCGUCAAUUACAAGAAAAGUUGGAGCAGGAGUCUUAACAAUUUCUUUACAAGUAUGUAGAUUACAUUUUUAUAAAGCCACACUCUUUGCUAUUAGAAUAUUGUAAUCGUUUUACUUGAAAAGACCUGUAUUAUAAGUUUCUA